AUGGCAUAUAAGAUUGAACAGGGAAUUGCUACUUGGACACCCGCAGAUAAUCCUAAAGCUGCUGGUGAUCCAUACAAAACACUUUUUGUUUCAAGAAUUAUUGAAUUAAUUCAUGAUUUAAAUGGAAAGCCGCGUGGUUAUGCUUUUAUUGAAUAUGAGCACAAAUCGGAUAUGGCAGUUCACCACGGAUUCUCAUUUUUAACUCUUGUCUUCUUAUCUGCGUAUAAAAAAGCGGAUGGAACAAAAAUUGAUGGGCGUCGUGUUGUUGUAGAUUAUGAGCGUGGGCGUACAAAGAAAGGUUGGCUUCCUCGGCGUUUAGGUGGCGGUAAAGGUGAAACUCGACGAAAACGGGAGUCUAAAGCAGCUUUGGCGGCAAAAGAAUGGGAAGAAAGGAAGGACUGA